AUGACUGGCAUUCCUUCACAAUGUUUAAUGCUGAAUCCAAAUAUGCCACCAACAAUUUGUCAUCAGAAGAUACAUAUAUCAAGGGAACCCUACUUAAAUAUAAUUAUUCAACCAACAAAUAGAAUCAGAUAUCGUUAUAGGAGUGAAAAAGGAUCACAUGGAGGGUUGACUGGUAAAACUAACAAUACAACCAGAAAAACUUAUCCAACUGUUAGGCUUGAAAAUUACAGAGGUAACAGACAGGUCUGUAUUCGUGGUAGUUUGUAUACAAAUGAACAAGAUUCUAAACCACAUGUUCAUAAACUCAUGGGAAGAAAUUGUAAUGAAGAUGGAGUAUGUACUAUACAUCUUGGUGAAGAUAUGACAGCAGUGUGAGUAUACAAACUGUAUUUACUAUGAUAAUUACCACAAUAUAUAAUUCAAAGCUUUUGUUCAUUGUAUAUUAAUAUUAUUUUUCUGAUCUCUACAUUCUAUGAUUUAUUCACUUUUUUUCUUUUUUAUGUCAAACAAUUUUUAUAUAAUUGAAGUUGAAUUAGUCUUGAAAACAGUUUAUUUGACAUUCAGCAAUCAAAUCAUUCUAUAUUUUUAUUACACCCAUUUACAAAUUUUAUAUUUGUUUUUAAUGAAAUUCUUAAUAAAAUUAUUAUUGUUUCUAUACAAAUUUUGUAUAAUAAACUUCCCAAAGCCCAAUACAUUGAUACUCAACCAAACAAUUGCCUUAAUUAAAGCAAAAGCUGGCUGAGUGCCAUAGUGGAGGUGUACUUAGGCUGUGGGCAUAGGAGUCAUCCCCAGCUGUACCAUGAGUAACUGCAUAUGGUUACAUCUAAAGUUUCAAUGCAUCUGGAAGUGAAGAAUUGCUAGGAGGUCAGAGUGGCAUAACUGGUAAGUGCAUUGCAUGGUAAGCGGAGGUUGAAAGUUCAAGUCCCACUCCGGGCUAGUUCUUUUCUUCCAGAUGAUUCUAAAUUAUUUAAUAAAUUAUUAAAAAUUAUAAUUAUUAAUUU